UCCAAGUCUGAAGUAUUUGCUUCAAGGCUGCUUUUCUGUCAUGCACUCAUGAGUCAUAUGGUCAAAAGUAUAUGGAGCCAUCUGCAGUGGUCUGAGCCAAAUGAGGGGGAUUUUCGGGCAUACUUCAGGUCAGAAUGCUGUGUGCAAACAAAUGAGUAUGUUGUGGUGUGGAAAGACUUGCCAGGAAGCGAAUGAUGGCAGAUGAACACAUUUCAAAUGGGAGACUGCAUCAUCACCGAGGACCUUUUGCUUAUUUCCAAGUUACAACAUACAAAUCUUGAGUCAAUUCUAAAUGUAAACGUAGGAAGGCUGCUUCUAAGCCUGGGCAUGUCCAUGCUCUAUUUGGUUAAAGGUGCACUAAUCAUUGUAGCAGUUUCUUUCCAGAAUUCUUGCUAUCCACUCACAAACAUCAAAUUGAGUUGUCAUGACUGGGAUAAUGGCACUUUGGAAAAAUUAAAAUGUGGAUCUUCUCCAUUGCCAUUUAUAAGGACUAUUUUUUUUUAGAUGCAAAACUUGCUGACCUGAGGUCAUACUAGUAAAUAUUACUUCAUUUGGUAAAUAUUCAUGGAAAGCUCAUUGGUAAUGGGCAGGACAGUUUGAGCAGCAGUAAUAUCUACUCUCUCAUGACAUGAUGCAAAAGUUCUGAGGUCAAUGCUGGAAAGGGUGGACCAAUGGUUCGACGCUUGUUGACGUUGGGUGGGCGGGGACAUUAGAGGAAGUUGAGACCCGAAACCUCUGGCACGACUGGAGAAAGGAGAGAAAUCCGGCAGAGCAGCUGUAAUUUUGGAAAACAUUUCUGUCUGGGAGGUGUUUACAUGAAACACAGCAAUGUCACCAGAUGAGCUGGUCUACCUGGGGUUCAUUGCUCUUUCCAUACCUGUUGGCUUCCUUUUCCGUUACCUCAGUCCCCCAGUGAAACAGGGGGCGGCAUUGCUGGUGGGUCUGACCGUGACCAUCACAACAUGUCAAGUCCACACCCUGCAUUCUUUAAUCACCAUUUUGGGAACAUGGGUCAUCAUUAAGCUGAAUUGGAGGAGAGCUCCCGCCUUGUCUCUGGGAUGGACGUUCCUCUACCUCCUCUUCUUCCGCAAGGCCGAGGACUUAGGCCUGCCCAGGCCCACACCCUUUUCCAACGCCAUUCAGCUCAUACUCACCCUCAAGAUGGUGAGCUUAGCCAAUGAGGUGAAGACUUUUCACCAAGAGAAGAAGAAUGAAGUGAGCUCAUUCGCCAAAUCCCCCGUGGUGGGUGGGCUUUCCAGCGAGCCCUCCCUUUAUGAUGUCAUAUCCUAUAGCUACUGUUAUGUGGGAAUAAUGACGGGUCCGUUCUUCAGGUACCAGACGUUUGUCGACUGGCUGCAGCAGCCGAGUCCUCAGUCCCUGCCGGGCCGGGAGCCUUGCCUGCUGCGGCUGCGCAUGGUGCCCGUGUACGGGGCUCUCUUCCUAGUCUUCAAUCACUACUUCCCCCUCGACUACGUACGCGGCGACAAGUUUCAAGACCAGUUUCUGCAGCAUAACUUCUUUUUCAGGUUCUUCUACAUGAUUGUGACGUUUUUCGUCUUCCGGAUGCGGUUCUAUGCGGCGUGGUGCGGCGCGGAGGCCGGCUGCAUCAGCGCAGGACUGGGCUGCUACCCAGAGGGGGCGCAAUCCAAGCCUGGAGGGGGCCCCACCGUUCAAUACAACCCGGACCCUGACGCUCCGGUGAAGUAUGACUUCAGGACCAUCCAGAACAUCGACUGCUACAACACAGACUUCUGUGUGAAGGUGCGCCACGGCAUGCGCUACUGGAACAUGACCGUGCAGUGGUGGCUGCAUCACUACAUCUACCCCAACGCCCCUUUCAAGGCCUACGCCCUCAGGGCUGGCUGGACCAUGCUGAUCAGCGCCUACUGGCACGGCCUGCACGUGGGCUACUACCUGUCCUUCCUGACCAUCCCGCUGUGCAUCGCCGCCGAGUCGGCCAUGGAGGCGUGCGUGCGGUCGCGGCUGGGCGAGCGUGGCCAGGCCGUCUUCGACUGGGUCCACUGGUUCCUGAAGAUGCGCGCCUACGACUACAUGUGCAUGGGCUUCGUGCUGCUGCGUGCUGACGACACGCUCCACUACUGGCACAGCAUCUACUUCAGCAUGCACCUGGUGGCGCUGGCGUGCAUCGUCGUGGGGCGCGUGAUGAAGAAGGGAGGGGGAGGGCGGCGGGAGAAAAAGAGCGAGGGAGGAGAGAGGGAAGGGGUGAAGGAGGGGACGGCGACAGAAACGGCAGAGGUGGAAAAGAGCAGGGAGGACCAAGAUGGUGGAAAGCCAAAGGCCGAGUGAUAGAUUUGAUUUUCCCUUUGCUUUUGAUUGGUUGUCUGCUGUCUGGGUUACCAUGGUGACUGAUGAGGAGUGGUGUGUGGAGGCGAUAAUGUUUACUCUCAAUAUAAGGCCUGCUGGCCUGUGGCGUGUCAACACUGUCGACAUGCUACUGUGUGCCGAUGGAAAGCUGCUGAACGCUUAGCCAUGUGUUUCGCAAGCAGAGGUAUCAGGUUACGUGUGUGUGUGUGUGUGUGUGUGUGUGUGUGUGUGUGUUUAUUGUCUGAGUUUGCAGGCACAUGUUUAUGCGCAUGUAUGAAUUUGGAGAUACUGUAGAGGCAGUGUGUGAGAGUACGAUCACUUUCAUGCCCGGGAUAUGCUUGCUGUGGGGAUACGUGUGGGAUACGGAUACGGAUGAUGCCUUGAGUAUCGUGCAUAGUGCUGCGAUAGGUCUUCAACACACGUGUGUGUGUGUGUGUGUGUGUGUGUGUGUGUGUGUGUGUGUGUGUGUGUGUGUGUGUGUGUGUGUGUGUGUGUGUGUGUGUGUGUGUGUGUGUGUGUGUGUGUGUGUGUGUGUGUGUGCACACGGUUGCGCACCUAAGUUAAGUCACAACAUGCAUAUCCCAGAGGGGUACUCCAACAACGUGGUUAAGUGGUAGACCAGAAGUGGUAAUCCUGCUAGUAUACAGUGUGCAGAUUGUCAUCUUGUUAAGAAAAUGAGGAUUCUGUGCUCUUUUAUUAGCUGAUUUAUGGCUACCUCCUGGUCAGCUUCACCUUCUUGGACUGCCCCCCGGCUCUUAUGCUGGGUGUAUCGGGUACAAAGGAUCAAGGAGUGUUUUCUGUUCCUUAAAGCCUCGGUGUACUGUAUCUGUGAGGCUACUGUGAAGCCAUUUCUGCACAAAUUAAAGAAUUAUUAUAUAUUAUUAAAUAAUUAAGUAUUUACCGCCACAGAUAUUGAACGCUAGAUGCGACAUUCAGCCUUUUUGCAUGGCCCAUUUUACCGUCACCUACAGGAUAAUAUGCUUAUCUCCUUGUCAACAAUUGUUGGCAGCAUUUUAAUAGCUGAAUUUGGCGCUGGUCUGACUUGAGCCAAUACAAAGGGGUGGUCAAUGCGGCAUCCAGUGUUCAUAUCUAUCAUUAAUGGCAAGUACAACAAGCACUCUUAACUACCUGGUAAUACUUUCAUAACCACCUCCAAGACUAGUACACAGUGUGUGUGUGUGUGUGUGUGUGUAUGAGGCAUUUGAGUAGAUACAUUAUUAAUGUGAGAAGUGCAUAAAAGCUUAUGUCAAACUCAUGAGAACUACUAGAAAUGUCCCACAAAUGUAAAACACUGUGGGAAAAUUGCCCAAGUUAUGAAAUUAUCAAUUUGUGUAUAACAAACACUUUAUUUUUUCACAAGCUACACGUAUAUAAUUUACAUGUGUGUGUGACGCCUAUAUACGAAAUGAUAUGAUAUGAUAUGAUAUCGCUCAAUCAUGUAUCACAGGCUAGGUAGAGACAGAAAUCAAGUCCCAGAGACUUCUUAGUAAGCACACUGAUAUGUCUGGCUCUAUAUGCAGGGGUUGGACAAAAUAACUGAGACACCUGUCAUUUUAGUGUGGGAAGUUUCAUGGCUCAAGUGGACCAGCCUGUUGGCCAAUCUUCAUUAAUGACAUUCACAUUGCACCAGUAAGGUGAAGUGUGAAGGUUCAAUUAGCAGGGUAAGAGCACAAUUUUGCUCAAAAUCUAGGUGUGUAACUAUUGCAUAUUUGACCAAGACAGCAAGUCUUUGUGAUGUAUCAAGAGCCACAGUAUCCAAGGUAAUGUCUGCAUACCACCAAGAAGGAUGAACCACAGGAUUAACUGUGGACGCAAGAGGAGCUAAAUGACACUAAAAUGACAGGUGUCAGUUAUUUUGUCCAACCACUGUACAUUUGCUAUAUACUUUUUGUACCUCUUUGUGUCAUACAAUGUACAGUACAUAUGUCAAUGUGAUAAGUGCAGACAUAUUAAAACCAUACAUUCCACUGCCAAUGUAACUGUGUUUACAUCACACUUCAUAGGUCGAUCAGCUCGUUUUUUUUUUUUUUCUACUUCCCUUUCGAUCCUGGUCUCCGAAAGUAAACCUCUGCCAGGCUGGUUAUCUAAACAUACGUUCUCUUAACUUUUCUUAUGCAGCUGAAUGGAAAGGUUUUGCUUUGGUUUUCAAGUACUUGCGUCUCUCCCAUUUUCUCCAUUUUAGUUACGAGUUCUGUGCUUCCUUUUGUAAAUGGAUGUUGAAUUAUGGUAGUAUUUAUAGUUUUUCCAGAAAAGACUAUGUUGGUAGUGUAGGUUUUUUUUUUAAUCUGUUGGUUUAUUUGGUUAUGGGUGAGCGACAUCAAGAAAUGUUGAGUUUUAAUCUGUUAUUUAAUGUAUGUACAUGAUCUAUUUUGUUUCAACAUUGUUUCACCCUAGAUGUAUGUGUCAUGUGUUAAGGUGGCAGGUUAAGCAUUUGCCCACAUCUCAUGUGUAUACAGUACGCUAGUCCAUAUCUCUCCUGUUCUUUAGGUACUUACUUUUAUACACCAUAUGAUCCACCUACGUAUGAAUUUUUUUUGGACCAAUGAGCACCUUGCAACAGCUCUGAAGUACCGGUAGAUUGUCUCUACCCAGAAGCCAGAUCGGCUUGACACACUGUAAUGUAAUGAGAAGUUGGGUCCAAGUCAAACUAGCUCCUCCUGCCCUUUCACGUUGCUUUUGGCCUCUUGCCUCCGUGUGGCCUCGCUGCUGUGGAGAAUAGCAUAACAUUUCCCCACUGUUAAUCUUGGCAGAGGAACUUUUUCCUCAUUCAACAUCCCAAUUGCUAACUUUUUAAAAUCAUGCUUUUGUGAGCUAUUGAAUGAAACGAAACCUUUACGACGUUGAGCCUUGCAUCACAAGGCCACAAGCAACACGAAAGCACGGUGGAGACUAGUUGGACUUCGACUCUAUCUGCCCUAAUGAAGCAUUUGCUGUCUUCAGCCAUUCAUGCAGGCAGAAGUCAAAUGCUAUCUGGCAGUUACCAUAUGAAUUAAUGUAGCAUCAUGAUUGUGAUUGCUUAAAUUGGACAAACCAUAUCUUAUUAAUCUGUUAUGAUGAUUUGUAUUGGGUUUUUUUUGCUUGGAAAGAUUUCUAUUCUAUCUUCAUCUCCUCUUCCUCUAAAUGUAUACAUACGUGUGAUAACUUUGGUAUUCAACUCAAGAUGUUGAGAAACCAAAAUUCCGAAAUAAAAUCUUAAUUAGUAACAUUUCUGUUGGACAUUCUGGAGAUAUCAUUGAGUGCACAUCUUUUUUCCCUUUUUACAUUAUUCUGGAGCAUUAUUUUGUUGCUAUGAUGAUUGUAUAAAUCCCCUGCCUUAUAAUGGUUUUGACAUUGUUCAAUAAAGUACAUCUCUGCAUUGUU